GCCGGCCACGAAGGGAAAUUGCUAAAUUAUACAGGGAUCUUCCAAUUUCACAAGUGUCCGCUAUAAAUCGCUAUGUGUCACCGGCAUUGAAGUUCCUGUUGGCGAAAGUUGAAUGGUCUGGGCGGUUGAGGUGCAAGGGACCAAGAAUGGAGCUAACUCUGGUUCAAUCUGAUGAUUGGCAUCUUCAUCUGCGUGAUGGUGAACUUCUUCAAGCUGUUGUCCCUCACAGUGCAAAUCACUUUGGGGGGGCAAUUGUCAUGCCAAAUUUGAAAUCUCCAGUUACUACCACUGCUGCUGCUAUACGACAAGUCCUGAUGAGAUCAAGCUUGCAAGCAAGAAGUAGCAAAGUUGUUUUUGCCAUUAAGUUGUACCCUGCUGGUGCAAUCACAAAUUCUCAAGAAGGUGUCACAGACCUAUUGGGAAAAUGUUCGCUUGUCCUUGAGCAGAUGGUUCAGUACAACAUGCCUUUGCUGGUUCAUGGGGAGGUUACCGAUCCCAAUCAUAUCACCACCAUGGAUGCCGUUCGGUUUGUUGAGUCUUGUGAAGAAGGAUUUGUAGCUGCAACUGUUACUCCUCGACAUCUUCUUCUUAACAGAAAUGUUCUCUUCCAAGGACGACUGCAACCACACAACCGCUGCCUUCCAGUGCCAAAAGAGAAAUCCACAGCUAUUGUUUCAGCGGUGACUAGUGGAAGUAAAAGAUUUUUCCUUGGAACUGAUGGUGCUCCCCAUGAGAGACGAAGAAAAGAAUGCCCUUGUGGUUGUGCUGGCAUUUAUAAUGCCCCAGCUGCCUUAGCCUUAUAUGCAAAGGUCUUUGAAGAGGCGGGUGCACUUGACAAACUAGAGGCAUUUACAAGCCUUAAUGGUCCGGACUUCUAUGGUCUUCCAAGGAACACAUCAAAGAUUAAAUUGAUCAAGACUUCAUGGAAAGUUCCAGAGUCUUUCUCAUUUUCAUUCGGUGAUAUCAUUCCUAUGCUGCAGGUGAAACACUAGUGGCAAGCAUCCUCCUCAUAACUCGUAAGUCAGUUUUUACAAGCAGACUAUAAUUUCAAAUUAUUUCUGGUCAUUAAUGUGCCUGCAUAGUAUGUUGAUUGCUGACAGUGUGAACUUGUAUUGUUUUCAAACUAGGGUUGAAGCAAACAAACUUUUGUUACUUUUUCAAACAACCUUACAUUAGAUAAUGAUAUGCAGCUCGGUGCAAAUUUUUGGUGGUUUGCUUUAUGUUGUGGAAUGUCUAAUUAACAUCACACGUUUUA